AUGAGCUCGCGCUCCGGGCCUGCGGAACGCACUGCCGGCCCUGCCUCGGGGCGCGGCCGAAGGGCCGGGGGCCUGGACAGCACGAUGGCGACCCCAGAGCGGGCGCGAGCAGGGCGCGGCGCAGGCGGCACCGGCCCUCCACCUGGCACCUCAUCGCCCCUGGCCCGAGCACGUGCUGGGAAGCCGAAGCUCAGCCGCACCUCGCGGGCCUCUCGGGCCGGGAGCCCCUUGCAAGACCAGGACCCCGAAAUCUUCACCCUGCGGGUGCGCCUGGAAGAAACCGGGGAGAUGUUCCGCGUGGCCAACUGUCGCAGCGACAUGACCGUGCGGGAAUUCAAGGAGGUGCUGGACCUCAUGGUCGGCAUCCCCUUCAACCUUCAGCGGAUCCAGUACCUGGACCAAGGAGUUUUGAUGGAUGACGCCACAUUAAGGUUCCACGAUGUGGUCCCCGGUGGGAUUGUUUCAUUGUGUAUCUGGCAUUAUGAUGGAUGGACGGAGCUGGUUUUGGCGUCGGUGGAAGGGGACCCCAGUAAGUUACGGUGUCUAGGGAUCACCGAAGAGUCCUUCUACCGAACAGCUAACUCCGAGCACUUCACAGGCAAGCGGUGGAAGAGCUGGACGUCUCAAAGAGCCUUCGUGGCUUUGUACAUUGCGUCCCACAGAGGCCACGUGGACACCGUGCAGUACCUCCUGGAGCACGGCGCCAACCCUUUGAGCAAGACGCCCGUGGGCCGGACGCCCCUGCACGUGGCUGCAGCCAUGGGCCGGCUGGACUGCAUCAGUCUCCUGUUGGACGCGGGCUCCUCCAUCAACACCAAAGACGCCAAAGGGGAGACCCCCAUCAACAUCGCCCACCGGCUAGGCCGCAGGCAGGGCGAGAGGCGCAUGUACCUCAUCCACUGGAUGGCCAAGUCAGGGGCCAAGGGGUCGGUGGGUGGAGGGGCCAAGAAGGUCCAUCGAGGCAAAGCCCUGUCGGCCACCAAGAAGCAGUCCAAAGCAUAGUCCCUGUGGGAGUGCUUGUCUGGCUGCAGCGACACUGGCUCUGAUCAUCUCUUGAGCAGGCAAACAUGCGGUGGGUCUGCGUCAGACACGCAGUGGCCUGCCCUGAUGGCAGGACUCCAGGAGUUGGUGGUCUGGGCCGGUGUUCCGGUCUCUAGGGGUCUAUCCCAAAUCCAAACCAAACCCACCAGAGUCCCUUCUGGUGCACAGCGACCCCGCCCCACAGAGAGGAACUGCUGCCCAGACUGUCAAUCUUGCCUGGAGCAGACAGCCUCGCCGCUACCUUGGAGCCACGGGUGGUGUCGAACUGCCCACCUUGUGAACAGCCAACAGGGCUCCUGGGGAGUCUGUUUAAGAUAUGGAGCACUCCCUGCCAGCAAGGCGAUUCUGACACGGAGCUACUGGAGCCCUGGUGGUGUAGUGGCUUAGGUGCUAGGCUGCGAGCUGCAAGGUUAGCAGUUCGACACCACCAGCCACCCUAUGGGAGGAAGAUGAGGCUUGCUUCCCUUCAACACGGCCGGCCUUGGAAAUGCACGGGGGCAGUUCUAUUGUGUCUUUGGGCUCGGGAUGAGUGUGAGGGUCACGAGGGCCCUUCAUUCCGAGCUACGUCUGUGCCCGUCCCGCAGGGCUGCCUGAGCGA